AUAACACUCGAUUGAUAUCUCAUAUAUUAGAUUAGAUUUUUUUUUUUUAAAUUUCAAGUUUUAUCAUUAGUAAAAAUUAUAGGUCGAAAAAAUCGAGUCAAAUCGAACUAAAUCGAGAAGAAGACUUAGAUACAAGGUAAAAUAAAAUAGGAAAAAGAAAGAAAAAAAAAAAGACUCCAACCGAUUUACCGGGGUCCAACUGCAAGGCAAAUAUCUGUCUCCGUGAAUCUCUCCGGCGGAGAAGCUACUGUAAAACACCGAAAAUGAAGGCCCAAAUGUAGGCAUUCUCGAACUACGUUCUCGCUUAUCUUUUCUAAUUGAUGAUUUUGUAGUGUGAAAACUAGUAUUGAUGGAUCGAGCGCGAACCGCAAGUCCGCGGCAGUUAAGAAAGUGGAGCAGCGAAUCCGGAGCUUCCACUCUUACUGGUGGAUCUUCAUCUCCAGGACGUCAUAGCCGCUCUUCUUCUAUCUCCGGUUUGUCCAACAUUAAGCGCACUCAGAAUGUUGCUGCCAAAGCUGCUGCCCUGCGCCUCGCUCAAGUAAUGGCUUCUCAAGCAGCCACUGGCAAUGAUGAUGAAAAUGAUGACGAUGAUGAUCUUGGAUUCCGAUUUGCUGCUCCAUCUUUUUCCAGGUCCAACGUCAGAACUGCUGACAAUGGCACUAGUGCUAUCCUGUCCGCUAAGGUCAAAACCAGAUCAUCUUCCCCAGCGCUAGCUAGGAAUUUUGUCGAGGAAUCACUGUCUCUUCAUUCAACAUCAGCAGGAAGACUGACUGUGCCAUCUCGUCCUCCACCAUCCAUACCAAGUAGCCGACAGCCUGUGAAGACUCCGUCACCUAUAACACCAAUCGAUCCUCCAACCAACAAGCUGAGAAAGAAAAGAUUCUGUCCAGAUUUAAGACAAGUUAGCUUGAAAUAUACAGGAGAUCGCCGUGCUGCUUCUGCGCUUCAUGAUGAACUUGAUAUGCUGCAAGAAGAAAAUGAAAAUAUUCUUGGAAAGCUUAGAGUUGCCGAAACGAGUUACGAGGGAGCAGAAGCUAGAGUGAAGGAGCUUGAGAAACAGGUUGCAGCACUUGGAGAAGGAGUAUCUUUAGAAGCAAAGUUGUUAAGCAGGAAGGAAGCCUCUUUGCGCCAAAGGGAGGCUGCACUGAAAGAUGCAAAACAAGCGAAGAAUGGGAUAGAUGUGGAACUUGCAAGCCUCCGUUCUAAUGUUCAGAAAGCAAAAGAUGACGCAGCUGCUGCUGUGGAUCAACUUCAGGGGACGGAAUCUGAGGUUAAAGCUCUACGCUCUAUGACACAAAGGAUGAUUUUAACCCCGAAUGAGAUGGAAGAUGUUGUUCUUAAACGAUGCUGGCUUGCACGUUAUUGGGGCUUAGCAGCUCAGUUUGCAAUUUGUCCAGAUAUUGCUGCUUCAAAACACGAGUACUGGUCAUCCUUUGCACCUCUUCCUUUUGAAUUGGUUAUCUCUGCAGGACAAAAGGCAAAGGAAGAAUGUUUGAAAAAAGAUGAUGACAAUCCAGAGAGGGAAAAGCUUGUUCAGGAUCUGAAUGAUUUCACUGGAGAAGGAAAUAUAGAAAGCAUGCUUUCUGUUGAAAUGGGCUUGAAUGAACUUGUUUCUUUGAAGGUUGAGGAUGCCAUAGUACUUGCACUGGCUCAACAACGGCGUCCAAACUCUGCUCGAACAUCAAUUUCAGACAUCAAAUCACCAAGUGAUCCGAAGUAUAUGGAGGCAUUUGGUACGCCAAUUGGGAGACAAAACAAAGAUGUGUGCUCUGAGAGCUUGUGAGGUUGAUUUCUUAACUCGAACUUAUUUGUUGUUUCUGUUUAGUAUUUCUUUUGUUAGGUACGAUGGCCGAGGAAGGUAAGAUACCUAAUUCCAUCAUUCAAGUGGCUUUAGCUUCCAUCAUGGAGAAGCUUAAUGUUAUGGAUAACCGAUUGGGAUUAAUAGAAGGAGAUGUGUCCAACUUAAAGGAACAUCAAAACUCAAUCCCUUCCACUCCCCAAAACUAUCAUACUUUCUUUAGUGGGCAUUCUCAAAACACCUCUACUACUAUAACCUCGGAGACACUCCACCAAAUGUUUAAUCCACCGAGGCAUGUACAUGAUGCCAUACUUACCCAAAUAACUGAAAUCCCAUUCGUCCAUAACAACCCCAAUUCAAUCUAGUAAACCAAGAAGCUCCACAAGACUAACCCAUUAACCAAAACCCACCACCUUAAAUCCUGGCUAACCAUAAUCAACCAAUCCAAGUUUAAGAUGUAGGAAGCGAGGACGUUCAUGGAGUAAAUGAAGAGUUGGAUGAAGUGGCUCUAUUUGCUGAAUUUUUACGGAAUAGAUGAUGAGCUCAAGGGGGAGGACAUAGAGGACGAAGAGGAAGAUUUGGUCCGAUUCUCUGUGGAAGAGAAAACUUGGGAAACCGACCCCAAGAUCAAGGAGAUAAUCAAUGGGAUCAAGGAGGAAUUAUGGGUCGAGACACGGGUCUUAACUCCAUCAAGAUCACUCUUCUCACCUUGAAAGGAACUAGUGAUCUGUCUAUUUACCUUGAUUGGGAAGUGCAAUACAAUAGGAUCUUCCAACUCUAUGAGUUAAGCGGACACAAUAAAGUCGCCCUUGCAAUUACUCAAUUUGAAGUGUAUGCUUCUACUUGGUGAGAGACUAAGAGGGUGCAACUAGAGAGAAAUGGCAAUCCCGACCUUUCGGAUUGGGAUAAAUUGAGGGCAUUUAUGUGGGAGAGGUAUGUGACGGAAAGGUUCAAACAAGAGCAACUCACAAAGCUGUAUAAUUUGCGAUAAGGAGGUAGGGGUGUGGAAGACUACUAUGAGGAAUUCCAAAACUUGGUCCUUCGUCUUGAGAUUGUUGAACCACCAAAUUAUUGUAUGGCUCGAUUCACAGGUAGGUUGGAUUACGACAUUGCUUCUUAAUUAGUCGUCCACAAGUUUGAACGAAUAGAAGACGUUGAUUUUCUUUUUUGGAACAAACGAAUAGAAGACCUUGUUGAAGUGGCCAUUGAGGUUGAAAGGAACAACAAUGCAAAGAAGUCUUUCAAUAAAGGCUACACUUCUUCUACUUCUUCGGGAUGGAACAAGAACAAGGUAUUUCAACAAGUCCUUUGAGAAGAAGCCCGUUGAGAAGGCAAUCCCAAGGUAUCCAUCAAAGAAUGAAGUAGGGAUGUACAGAUCAAACCGUCAAGUCAAACCGAACCGACGAACCAAACCAAACCGAGAAAAAAAACCGACUUAUGGUUUGGUUUGGUUGGUUUGGCGUUAGAAAAUAAAAAUCGA